UAGAAACAAAAUAGUCUUCAUACUAUAUGCCCCUAUUCACGUUAUAAAGAACUGUAGAAGAGGAGAGAUUCACUUUAUAAAUAACUGUAGAAGAGGAGAGAAGAAACAUACAUCGAAGAUGAAAGUCAGAAUUAGUAAGGGGGAGGAGGUGGAGGAGCAGCCGCUCAGCCCGAUGGCGCGUGUAUUCCAAUCUCCAGAGGUAGACUACUGUGCCGUCACCAUCAUGGGAUUCAAAACCAAGUUCUGUCUGGACGUCCUUCUUGAUGCCUUGAAGCAUAAUGUCUCCAAGCAUCCUCGUUUUUCCACCAAACUGAGUGAGGAUGGUGCCAAAUGGAUAGAGACUCAGGUCAAUGUAGAAGAUCAUGUAACUGUACCAAACAUAGACCCAGAAGAGAUAGGUGAAGAUGGACAAAGCUUCGUCGAUGACUACAUCUCACGUCUCACGACGAUUCCUCUUGAUAGAUCAAGACCCUUGUGGGACAUGCACAUCCUUAACGUAAAAACCUCAGAUGCUGAAGCAGUCGGUGUAAUAAGAUCUCACCAUUCAUUGGGAGAUGGAAUGUCUUUGAUUUCUCUCAUGCUCGCAUGUACCCAUAAGACAUCAGACCCUGACAAUACUGCUAUUCCUUCCUUGAAACGGCGUCAAACCGUCCCGCACGGACUUAUAAAACAAAGCUGGUUUUUAAGGUUUAUAUUCAACGUUGGUUCUACAACGAGACUGAUUUGGAACACCGUUGUAGAUAUGUUGCUUCUUUUGGCGACUAUAUUGUUUUUGGAGGAUACAAAGACACCUCUAAAAGGUGGUGCGGAUGUAAGGAGGAAUCCAACGAGAUUUUAUCGAAGAACUAUCUCUUUGGAUGACAUUAAACUUAUAAAGAACUCUAUGAACAUGACUAUCAAUGAUGUUCUACUCGGAGUUACACAAGCUGCUCUUUCUCGCUAUUUGAACCGACUUUAUGGUAAGAAGAAUGAGGAGGAGGGAGUAUUGUCAUCGAAUCAGAACCAUCUUCCAAGUAAACUACGUUUCCGUGCAGGUUGUACAGUAAAUCUGAGGUCGGACAUCGGGUUCAAGCCUUUGGCAGAUAUGAUGACCAAGGACUCAAAAUGCAGAUGGGGAAACUACUUCAGCUUUAUUAUUUUGCCCUUCUCCAUCGGUUUACAAACCGAUCCUUUGGUCUAUCUAAAGAUAUCCAAAUCCACGAUGGCUCGAAAGAAGCAUUCUUAUCUCGCUGCACUAGUGUAUUUUAUCAUCAAACUCAUCUUAAAAGUGUUUGGAGCUAAGGCAGCAGCAGCCAUAUUUAACCGACCGGUGGUAAAUUUAACUACAUGCGUUUCAAACGUCAUAGGUCCAAUGGAGGAAAUCAGUUUCCGUGGCCAUCCUAUCGCUUACAUUGCUCCAAGUAAUUAUGGACAAUCACAAGCAUUGUUGGUACAUUACAUGAGUUAUGCGGGGAAGAUGAUAAUCUCGAUGGCUGUUGACCCUACAGUCAUACCGGAUCCUCACAAGAUAUGUGAUGACAUGGAAGAGUCACUCAAAGACAUGAAAGCUGCUCUUUCGGAAAGAGGGUUACUCUGAGGCUUGUGAGAGCCAUUGGUAUCUGUUUUGUAUAAACCUGUAGACGUGUUGAUGAAUAUUUGUUUGGUCUAAAAAUGUUUUGUUUGGAAGGCUUUAAUUGGCCCGGUCAUAGUUGUUGAACAAAAAAAAAAUGCAUACAAAAUGUCAAGGAUUUUAGAUAUCUCAUU